CGGCCGCGGGGCCGCGCACGCGCUGUUCACCACACCCCCCCCCCGGCGGUCUCGGCCGCGGUGGCCGCGCGCGGAGGGCGAGGGGUGGCGAAGGGCCGGCUCUGAGGUGCAUCCGGUUAUCUGCUGGAAAUACUUUGAAGCAUCAAUGAUGAACUCCAUGUUAAUGUUAUUUUUUUCUGGAAUAGUUGCCUGUUGUGGGGACUCUGCUGGUGAUUCAGCAUCCAGGUUACUGCUCGUGUCCUUUGAUGGCUUCAGGGCUGAUUACUUGGAAACCUAUAAACUUCCUCAUCUUCAGGAGUUCAUCAAGGGUGGCGUGCUUGUAAAACAAGUUACAAAUGCUUUUAUCACCAAGACUUUUCCAAACCAUUAUAGCAUAGUGACAGGUUUAUAUGAAGAAAGCCAUGGCAUCGUCGCUAAUGACAUGUACGAUGCGGAUGCCAAGAAAAAGUUUUCACAGUUCAAUGAUUCAGAUCCCUUCUGGUGGAAUGAAGCAAUUCCAAUUUGGGUAACAAAUCAGCAGCAGGGAAAUGGAGCAAGUGCUGCUGCUAUGUGGCCUGGUACCGAUGUGAAAAUCAACAAUACGACCCCUCACUUCUUCAUGAAGUAUAACUUUUCAGUAACGUUUCAAGAGAGAGUGGAGAAAAUCGUCGCGUGGCUCAACAGCUCUAAUCCAGUGGUCAGUUUUGCUACAUUAUACUGGGAAGAACCAGAUGCAAGUGGGCACAAGUAUGGACCAGAUGACACUGAGAACAUGCGCAAAGUGUUAGAAGAAGUGGAUAACCACGUCGGCUUCCUUACUAAUAAACUGAAGGCAUUCGGUUUGUGGGACACUAUUAAUGUCAUAAUAACAAGUGACCAUGGAAUGGCCUCGUGUUCUGAAAAGAAGCUGAUUAUCUUGGAUAGCUGCAUUGGUCGCAAUAACUAUACCCUGAUAGACAAGACACCGGUUGCUGCAGUGCUGCCAAGGCAGAACAAAAGAGAUGUGUAUAACUUACUGAAAAAUUGCAACAGUCAUAUGAAAGUCUAUCUCAAAGAAGAAAUUCCAGAGAGAUUUCAUUAUCGUCAUAAUAAGAGAAUCCAACCCAUAAUUCUGGUGGCAGACGAAGGCUGGACGAUUGUGCAAAACGAGUCGCUUUCAAAGUUAGGUGACCAUGGCUAUGACAACGCUCUCCCAAGCAUGCAUCCGUUCCUGGCUGCUCGCGGGCCUGCUUUUCAUCGUGGUUACAAGCAGAGCACGAUGAACAACGUUGACAUUUACCCAAUGAUGUGCCACAUCCUAGGACUGACACCACAGCCACACAACGGCACUUUGAGUAACGCCAAGUGCCUGCUCACCGACCAGUGGUGCCUCAGUCUCGCCGAAGCGAUUGGGAUAGUUAUAGGGGCUUUUAUGAUACUGAUUACCUUCACCUGCAUUAUAAUAAUCACCAAGAAUAGAGUAGCUUCCCCCCGGCCAUUUUCCAGACUCCAGCUACAAUCUGAUGAUGAUGAUCCUUUAAUUGGAUAGCAGGUAGGAAGCCUCCCUUACUUGCUAAGUAGGGAUUUCAGGAGAGUCCGGACUUGCACUGGAUGGCAUUCUUUGAUGCACUUUAACGGUAUCUGUGUAAAACACUGUACAGCCAGAUCUUGCUGAAUCGUUUGUGUGUGCUACCUGCAAAAAUAUGUUCUGAACAGAGUGGUGAACGGGGUGGCUUUCAGCUGGAAGAGCUGCUUAACUAAAUAAAGACGCUUAGUUUUUUAUUCAAGCCUGUGAGUGCUUUCAAAAUGAAAUUCCAGAGUAUGAACUUGCCAGGAUAGACAAAGUGAAUUUUAACAUUUGUAAAUGAUAAGUGUUUUUUUAAAUUAAAUUAAUGUUGACUUCUUUUAGUGUUCUUGGAAAGAUUUUUUUUCUUUUGUGAGAGUUAGUUAGUUCUGUUUGGACAGUGCAUUCUCUUUUGUUCUUAAAUUUGGGAGUAGUGAGUGUAGCAAAGAUCCAGUGCUUGUUUCCACCCCAAGCCAGCAAGGUGUCAAUAAGAUGGUGAGAAGGAGAACAGGAAUCAGUGAGGGAAGAAUCGGUGCUUGUCACCAUCUAUUCUGAGCAGUAAAGUAUGCAGUUUGGCAGUUGCAAACUGGGCAGAUGGUGCUGACAUUUCUAGACGUGUGCCCGUGGAUGACUUGGUUCCGCAGUUCCUGCACUCAAGAGAGUUAGGGUGGUACUACUUGGUUAUCUCAGGGAUGUUGAUUUAAUCUGAGAACCCUUGGAUUACUCAGUUUAAUGGGCUGUGGUAGGAGAAUUACUGCUUCUAAACCCUGUAAAUAGUUUUUCAGGUGUAAACUCUGAAGAUGGUUUUGUAAUAAAGGUUGUUCUGCCGUGGGUACCUGCUGAUCAUUAUCUUUUGAAGGCUGUCAUGCUAAAAAGCAAGAACUGGAAGUCUGACAUUCAGUCAUCAAGCAAGAAUUCCAAGCUCUUAUCUUAAAGCCUGGCAAUUCAGAAGGGAAAAAAUAACAUAUCUAAAGUAAGAAAUUAUCCAUACUGUUUAAUUUGUAUAGAUGUCAAGUUCUAGCAAAUACCAGUGCUAAUAGUUCUUUUAAUUGAAAUUCUUGAUUCCUUGCUAAUGGUCACGUCUAUAACUUGAUAUAUAAAAAAAUAAUCCUAUUUUGAAAGACUUAGUGGUAUCUUAUCUUUUACUAGGUAAAGAAUGUGAGGUUAAACAGGUAAUCAUAGAAUUGUUUGGUUGGAAAACAAACAGGCCAAACAACCCCAGGUCUUUCUGCUGCUCCCCAUAACCCUUGUUCUCCCUCCCCUUCCCCAGCUCCAUUCCCUUCUCUGGACACGCUCCAGCCCCUCAAUAUCCUUCUUGGAGUGAAAGGCCCAAAACUGAACCUGGGAUUUGAGGUGUGGCCUCAUCAGUGCUGACUUCAGGGGAAGGAUGACUUCCCUGCUCCCGCUGGCUGCGCUGUUUCUGAUACAAGCCAAGAUGCCAUUGGCCUUUGGCCACCUGGGCCACUGCUGGCUCAUGUUCAGCCGCUGUCAACCCACCAGGUGGAAACCAACCCAAAAAGAGAACUAGUUACCAAGUCCUUUUGCUACAAGUUUGAUGGUUUUAAGAUCUGAUAAUUCAAAAUGGGAGGGCUGAGGUUCCUGGUAGCAUACAGUGUCGUUUCUUGUUCAGCCACAGACUAUGUUUUGAUCCAGCUGGGAAGAUGCGCUUUAGAGGAACAGGCUAUGUUUAUUUGUCCACUGAAAUACAUUCGAGUUUUAAAAAUGUCAUGUGGAAGUGUUACUAAAUAAUAUCUUCCUCUCUGGUUGUACUGAUUAAGAACAGAACACAAAACCUAACCUACUCUGCUUACCCCCCUGCUUCUUAAAUUCUAGUUUCUGCUACCAAUUAAUGCUUUACUGUGGAUUAAUCUGAACUUGAAAGAGGCUCAGGCUCUUUGAAAAAUCUAUGCUGUUACUGACAAUGUACUUGAUUUCAGACUUAAUAUAAUAGUGAUAACUGGAGCAAACACCAAAGUCAUGCUUUCAUCCUGCUGGGAGACCUAAAUUAAUUAUAUAAAAUAAGAGGUCAUGUUAAUGAGUAACUACAAAGUGAACAUUUUGCAGGGUAGAACGUAGGCUUGAGAUGCUGUAAGAAGGAGGAUGCUUGAAUUCCUGUUAGGUUCUUGUUGUUUUGCUAACAGAAGCUGCUGUGCUUUGAAGGUGGCAGACUUGCUGGGAGGUGCUCAGCAUCAUCUAUAAAUGGAAAGGCCUGACUCAGCUGCGUUAUCUUUAUCUUCCUGGCAGACUUGGUAAGACCAAACUGUACUGUCCUCUGCUUGUGAGGGGAGUUCUUCUGGCUGCUAAAACUGAAUAGCACAGUGUAUGCUCCACUCUAUUCUUGCCUUCCUCCAAACGGUUGUCAGGCAGUGUGUGAUUGAUGUACUUUCAGUUCCUCUGUGCACCACCAGGCCGGGCGUCAAGGUUACCACCACGAUUUUAAUUACCAGAAAUGUAAAUGUUGACUGAAGUGCAGUAGCAACACUCUAAUCGGAAAUAGGAAUAUUGCUACAGAUGGGGAAAUCCAGGUCUAAAUGCAUUUCUCCUUCUAGCUCUAGGGAGCCCCUUCUGCUUAGAGCUUCUACAGCCUCUCUGAAACCAGGAAGCGAGGGGUAGUAUCUGUCAGGAAUCCCUGUUACCCUCUACUCCUCUUCCCUUUAGUCCUGAGGCUGAACAGUGCUAUUGUGGGAAGGGGUUGAACAGAAAAUUUAAGUAUUAAUAAAUUAAAAAAAAAAGGAUAAACUAUAU